AUGGCUGACACCGUCGACCCCAACAGCCUCUCGUAUGCUUUUCACUCUGUCUUUCUCCUUGAUCACGCUGUCAGUGCGCACAUGCGUCUUCGAGACCCGACUAUUCUUCCGCCUGCCUCCGGUUCGACGCGGGAACAGGCGUCGUUCUUCCUCGACCGGGUUGCUCCUCAGCUUCCCGUCCUUCUACAGUCUCUCAUGCCGUUCCUGGCCUCUUCGUCGCCGUUCGUUCCCCCGUUUCGUUCGUAUUCCUCUCCUUUUUCUUCCGUCUCUUGUUCCUCUUCUCCUGCGACGGCGUCCUCGGCAGCGGGCGAAGUGGAUGUUUCUGCUUCGAAAACUUCGGAGUCCGAUUCGUUGGUCUCGCCGUUUAUGACGCCUCGUUUCGCCUCCCUUUCCGAGCUCCUUCGCGCGUUUCUCCCGCUUCUCACCCGACAGCUGCUUGCGGCACCUGCGGUGUCUUCGCUGCUUCUUCUCCACCUCUCUCGCCAUGUCUCCUCGCUCUUCCCGUCUCCGUCAGACCGCCAGGACACGUCCCUGGCGGCGCUGAAGAGAGAAGAAGAGGCCGCCGAGAGACGAGACGAAGCGUCCCGUGGAACGACGGGUAAACGCAGCCUGCAGCAGAAGCACGAACGGCGCCUUUACCUCUUUCUCCUCUCCUCGCUUGUCACGCAGAACCCUUCCCUGUCGCUGGCGCGCGAAACGGUGGCGUCGCAUCUUCUUCCGUCGCCGCACCUGGACAACUCCGGCAGGACGCCUCCCGACAUCCCCAAUCGCACUUUGGCCUCUGUCCCGUCUUCGUCGCCUGCUCCCACGGCUGUUGUCCCUCCGCCUCGUUCUCGCGCGCCUGGGGAAGGCUCCCUGGAGGAAUUCGACGCCGUGGAAGACGCCCGCAUCUACCUCCAGGCGCACCAACGCGCCCGAGAGGAGAAGCCGGAGACCCGCGAGGGGACAGAGGCACUGAAGCCCUUGGCGUCUCUCUCUAGAGACAAAUCAGCACAGACCACAAGCACCUUUGACUCGUCCUCUUUCCCUUCCUCAUUACCUUCCUCGCCUUCGUUUUCCUCGUCUUCGCUGCCUUCCCCUUCUUCUCGUCUUUCUUCGUCUGUGUUGGUGUUUGACGCGUCAGCAGUUCCACUUCAGCGCAGUGUGCGUGGAUCGCUUCGGGUGGCGGUCUCGCCGCUUCUCUCUUCGCUUUCGACUCUUGAGCCCGCCGAGUUGCUCCAGGCGGCGCAGCUAGUAGUUACCACUGCUUCGCUGCGGCACCCUGUCUCCCUGAUCUCUCACCUUCUGGGGCAUUUGACGGCGCGCGUGCAUGCGGGAAGCGAGGAGGGGACGGCGCCUCUCGCUCCCCGCGCGGAGGCAGGAGCCGACGGCCACGAAGGGCGGCGAGUCGGCGGUGGAACGCGAGAGAAGAAACAUGCAAGUUUCGGGUUAACGGAUCUCGGCGCAGUCGCCACUGUGGGCGCUCAGUUGGUGCAACUAAAGAGCGGAAGGCAAGGCGACGCGCGCAACCAGGACGGCCCCCCCGGCGCGUUACAGGAACUGAAAACGAAAAACAAACACGACGUUCAGGUCGCCCUCCAGCAACAGUUUCGCGCGCUCCUCACUGCGAUUGCAGAGAGGGCUGAAGCGGCUCUCAUAAAAGAAGAAGCCGAGGAAGGGCAGGAGUGGAGAGGAGACGCUUUGACGAGCGAGAACAUGUCUGUGGAAGGGUGGGAUGACGAAGACGGAGACAGACACUGGCUGGUGGACGUGUCUGGCGACGAAGACUCCUGCGCUUGUGGAGGAAGCCGGACGCGAGAAGAGCUCGUUGACGGGAGUGUGGAAGUCGUCCCAGCAAGCGGAGACGUUGAAUGCGCGGAAAAGAGCGAAUCGCGGACAGGAAGAAAGAAGCGGCAGGACGAACGUAGUUUCCUGCAUGCUCCCAAGGCCCUCCUGGAACUCCUGGUCGUCUUCGACGUUGCGGGGCUCUCGCGGCCUCACCUUGCGUCAUUGGUGGAGCGGCGCAUUCUUUCUUAUCCGAAAUUUCGCGAGAUCUUUGGAAUUAAUUCCCCUGCGUCGCGUGACCAUGAGCGGGAUUCCCAGGGCGAUACCAAAAGUGAAAGGCAGCGCGGAAGACGAAAACGGCAACCCGCGAAGGCCCAGGAAGGAGGGGAACCUGGGGAUGAGCGACGCGAGCAGGACCAGCUCGCAGAGGGAGAAAGCAGAGAAACGGACGAGGCGUUGACGCCCCACGGGAGGGACUCAGAGUCGUCUCCCGACACGUCGACCUCGACGGUGUUUCUCCGUUCUCAUCUGGAUGAAAUUCUCCAUCUGCUACACUUUCUGGCGGAGUCUGUGUCGUCUGCCCCGCAGCCAGCUUCCUGUUCUUCCGCUUCGCUCUUCGCCCAUCUCCUCCCCGCUCUCUCUGUUCCGCAGCUGCUUGCCACCCUCUCGAUCGAUAUGCUUCUCUGCGCACUCGAUAUCCUUCGGCGCCUCUUGAGGUUCCGCCAGCCGCCUGAGGCUCUCCCAGGCGACUCCGCGUCGGCCGGGCAGAAACGGGAAGAUCGGGAUAGAAGCAAUCAAGGACGUGGCAGGGGAGCUGCGUCACGCCCCGAGGCAUGGCCGAAUUCCCACGUUGUGGUGAAUCACCACGCUGAACGGUUUCUUUACGCCAUCCAAAAACACUGCCUGACCAAGUCGUUUCUGGGAUCUCUGCGGAACGGGGAACUUCUGCUGCUUGAGGAAGUCCUGCGGGAAUUAGGCGAACGAAAUCUCCAAGUGGAGGAAGAGCGAAUGCAACGACAACUGCCUGAACCAGUGCCGAAACGCCUGCAGCAUUCCAUGGAUGCAUACUGA